AUGUCACGAAUCGUUCAGAUUAACCAAUCGAAUGGGAUAAUUUCAGAGGAGAAGGUUGUUCACAGCAGUGCAGAAGAAGAGGAAGAGGAAGAAGAGGAGGAAGAGGAGGAGGAAGAAGAUGAUGAGCCAACUACAACCACGCAACGAUCGGGUGGAUUCAGAAUGGUCACCACACCGGCGACAAUCAGCCAAACAAAGCAGGCCAUCUUGUCUGAGAUCCGUGAUCUCGGAUCACACAGAGAAACAUCCGAAACGGUUGUGACUCAUGUGGAAAAACGUACGCUGUCUCCAGAAGAACAACAACAAGUUGAUGAACGUAAGAGGAUGGUUGAGGAAGAGCACGUGAUCAAAGCGCAAACUGCGGGUCUUGCACAGCAAAUCGCAGCGCAGGCUGCCAAGAACCAUGCAAAACAAGAACAGCAGCAAGAACAACAACAAGCAGUUCCAGCACAAACCCCCCAACACGAGCCUGAGGCUGGUGUUGUGACAGCGCAAGAGGAUCAGCCUAAAGAUUCGACGGCCGAGGAAAUCGCCCGAAAAGAGCAGGAAGCUCGCGCUGAGGCCGAGAAAGAGAAACGAGAAGCUGAAGCACGUCAAGCGCAAUUGCGUGCCCAACAAGAGGCACUCAAACGUGCACAACAAGCCCAACUAGAGGCACUUGAACGUGCCAAACAAGCUCAAGCUCAGGCUCAAAAGGAAGCCCAAGCGAAAGCUCAGGCUCAACAAGAGGCACUUGAACGAGCCAAACAAGCCCAGGCUCAGGCUCAAAAAGAAGCCCAAGCGAAAGCUCAAGCAGUAGCCGCGGCUCAACAGGCUGAAGCUGAAGCAAAGGCAGCUCAGCGAGAGGCGCAACUGAAGGCCCAACAAGAGGCGCAGCGACGUGCUCAAGAGGCUCAAGCGAAAGCUCAAGAAGAAGCGAGACGUAAAGCUGAACAGGCACGAGCUCUGCAAGAGCAACAACGCAAAGCACAACAGGAGGCAGCCCAAAAGGCGCAGCAACAAGCUCAAGCUGCGCAGAAGGUCUCUUCUCCGCCCCAAAAGCCUCAACAACCUGCACAAAAAGCCCCACCGGUUCAACAGCCUGAACCGGCUCAGAGAGCGCAGCCAGGAUGGCGGAAAGGUCAACAACAACCUCAGGCGGCAGCUCCGGUCGCUCCGGUUGGAGCAGCAGGCAAAGCGCAACCCGUUGUACCACCCAAAACGGCUGCACCUAAAGUACCAUCAAAGCCUCAGCCACCACAGGUUGCACCUAGGGCACAAGUCGGCGGCGCAACUCCGGCUGCAGGUAUGCAGCAUACAGGUAGACCAUUAGCUCAAAAACAACAGAAAACGAUGGAGCAACAGCAACAACAGACAAAAGCUCCAGUCGGAGGUGUGGCUGCGAGCAAGCCUUCAGCACCUCAAGGUGCAGUUCAAGCACCUGUUCGUUCAACACCAACCAGUGGUGCAGAGAUUCGUGCCACGCGUAGUGGUGAUUUGCAGCAAUCUUAUUUAAGCAGUAUCGAGAAGCCUGCACAGCAAUUACCAGCCGAAAUGGUUCAACCGAUCCGUGUUCUGGAGGACAGUUGCUGGAAGACUCAAACUCGCGUUCCGGUUUCAGAGAUUCAAGCGCCUCAACCAGCUCGAAUCGCUAUUCCCGAAUUACAUGGUUCCGUUAAUGUGCAGCCAACCGUAAUUGUUCCAAAGCCUGCACAAACAACUCGCGUUGAAUGGAAUGAAUUCCCACAAGAAGAGCAGAAAGAACUUGCUGAAGUACCAAAGGUUAGAGCACAAGAAUGGAAACCAUCGAAUCAGGUCAGUGAGCACCUUCUUGAGGCAUACCGUCGAGUGACAUACUUUGAUCUAUUGUCAUAUCUGGAAAUCUUUCAGGGCGAAAUUGUAGGCGCUGCACCAGUGAAGAACGUUUAUCGACCAGGUCGAAUGGGACGUAUAUGGCCUCCACCACAAGACGAGAAUCAAGCUCCAGUACAAGAAAUCCCUGCAACACAAGCCAUUCAAGAUACUGCUUGGAUACAUGAAGGCAAAGGUUCUGAAGAAACUCGAACUUGGGGUCGUGUACAACUCCCUCGAACUACACGAGUUUGGCCACCACCUGGGAAAGAAGUACAAACAACUGAGGUUGUAGGUUCGUUAGAAGCCUUGGUUGAUAUAUCUACGCGAACCAUACCUCCGAAUUCACGAUUCUCAACAAUUCAUUCCAACAACGGUACUAGUUUCACUACCACAUUAAUUUCAGGUUCACGUCUAGGACCCGUUCAGUGGCCACCACCAGAAUCUGAGGAGCAAAUGCACCAGGAAGUCGAAGUGAUACAGACUCGUCUACCGGUCAAACCGAAUCAACGCCAGUGGCCACCACCACCACCUCAAUAUCAACGUAUGCCUUUUAUCAGCAACCCUUUCAUUACCCAUUAUUCUCAACAUCUUUUCGUAUUUCCCUCUCAUCGAAACCUUCUCACUACAUUUUCACUGCAAUAA